GUUAUCAUGAAAUGAACUCUAUUUUCAAACUAAACCUCAUUUCGUAUAUAAAUUGAACGCAACUCUUGAGCUCACGUUAAGUCAAUGUUUGGCAGAAAACUCAUAACAUAUUUGUCUGUAUUUAACAAAAACCGCAAAACUUCCCAAAGUUUGUGUCAACGCAUACGCCAUACGAAGAAUGUCUGCCAACAGUCACUACAAACAGAUCCAGGUGUUCAACUACUCGACCAACUUUGCUGAGGCGACUAAAAUAGUUUCGCUGCAUUUAGUGGAUCCCAAAAGUGAUGAAAUACUUGUGAAGAAUCUCUUUGUGGGCAUCAAUGCCACGGAUCUGAACAUCACUGCCGGACGUUAUUUCAAACACGACGACCCGCCCUAUCCCUUGGGGUUUGAAUAUGUGACCUCUGCUGACGGCCUGACAGUCAUCCCAAAGCCAGACCCGGAAUACUUAGCCCUCUUCGGCACCAGUGGUUUGACGGCAUCCAUAGGUCUGUCCGAAGGCUCGCAUUUGGCUUCAGGAGAAAAAGUGUUGAUAACAGCGGCGGCGGGAGGUGUCGGACAUAUCGCCGCCCAAUGGGCUCUACUGAAGGGCUGUCACGUAAUCGCCACCACAUCUAACGACAAGAAACAGGAG